CCUUCCAAUAUGGCGGACGUGUUGACGUAUGACCUAUGCUAACAUCAGCGGGACUAUUUCCCAUUAGCAGCGAAAGACUGUUGGACUAUGGCAUGCUGGGAAAAGAGACCUAUUUCAGAGGUGUACAGAAAUGAACUUUACUCACUAAAUACGGACUGCUAUAAGGAACAAAGUGGAUUCCUACCCCUUAUUCAGCUAAUUUGGUCAAAAUGUCAUCACUGUCUCUAGCAGCUAAAUGAAGGUUUAUGCGUCCUCUAGGUGGCGCUAGAGGAUCAUGGAGCCCGACGUCGUCCGCAUGUACUCCUCCUCCCCCCCUCCACUGGAUGAGGACGGAGAGGAGGAAGACGAAGACGACUUUGGUGAGUUCGGAGGUUACUGCUGCAACGUGUCAUCCGGUUUCAGCUUCUCUGAGUACGACACGCCCAACGCGUUCGUUCAGUCGUACGAGACCGAUACCUCGCCUCCUGAUCUAUGUAACACGUUCACACAGAGUGUCAGUCAGCCAGGAAAAGACUUGGCAGUUGAAGAGACGAAAGACCAGGAGGCACCAAAUCCCGAGUCGCUGAUACACGAGACCAAUGUUGCUGUGGACUGCGGGAAUGGAAAAGUGGAGGCAUCUAAAGUUCUCAUCAAUGGCCCUUUAUUCUCCGACUCCCAUGAGGAGCAAUCUAUGGUCUCUAUGACAGGGAAGCAUAGCAGCUAUGAGCUUCAGGAUUUCGAAUUGGACGGCAAAGAUGAGCACAGUGACGACCCAAACACAGAUCAAGUGGGACACUGCCUCAGUAAUGGACCCAUCACAAUUUGCACCAUUAAAAAGCCGGCGCGGCUUACAGUAACUAGCGCCGACAGCACAGUAUCUGUGUUAGCAUCUAGAGCAGAGGAUUCCAGUACAGAAACUAAUAAAGCUUCUAGAGCAGUUGCUGAUUCUCAGCAGUUAUUGGAGGAUAACAUCUCCCUGAGGGAGGAGUCUGAGGAUGGGGGUGCUCUGGCAGGAGAGGAGGUAUCUGAAUCCCAGGAACUUGAUUUCAGUCUAGCAGCUGAGGAUCAAAGCAGCAAGGAAAAGAUGGAUGAAGAUGCACUCUCUGGUCUUUGUGGGCCUUCUGGUGCGUCCUUUUGCGAAAUAGAGAUUCAGAGUGGCAACAUUGGAAACAUUGCUGAUACAUCGUUGGAACAAGUUGUGGAGAAGACUCCAAUGUCUGAUGCACAGCUUAAGGAAAACGUUGAGGUGGAGCAGGUUAACGUGGAGGUUAACGAGACUCCAGGAAGCCCAGCGGUUAAAGAACCCCUUGCGGUUCCUGGAAGAGUGGAACUGGAAGAAGAUUUUGAGCAAGUGUGUUUGCCUGUGGUUGACCCAACAGUUAUGAUGGUCCCUAAUCCGGAGGCAGAUCCAGUUAUAAGGGACGUUAAGAGAAUUGUAGUUGGGUCUUCAGUGGAGUCGGAUGAGGACUUUGGAGACUUCCGGGAUGCCACUCAAGGUUUUCCAGACGUCAGCCAGACCGAAUCCACGAGUCAGGAGGGAUUUGCUGACUUUGUGACUGCACUAUCAGACUGCUCGUCGAACGACGAGUUCGCAGAUACAGACACCCUGAAGGACUUGAAGGAGGAAGAGGAGCUGACUGCAGAUGAUAAAGAUGAUGACGACGACAAUAAUGAUCAGGAAAUGAUGUGUUCAGAACUACCCCCAAGCGAUAGCUUUGCAGAUUUUAGUUCGGCUCCGUUUGGUGGCAUGGCAGGCACUACUGGUGAAAGUUGGGCAGAGUUUGGGCAGCACGAGGAGCGUGAGGUACAGCAAGAGUCGUGGGCAGCGUUUGAUGAGGAACAGCAAAAUAGUACUGCAACAGCGCCCUCUACUGAUAGCCUCCAGACUGACAGUGUGUUGUGUGGGUUGAGUCACAAACUGCAGCAUCUUUUCGAAAGCGCUUUCCCUUCAGAGACGGCUCCAGACGACUCGGACCUGCUGACCCUCCAGGCCCUGCUGGAGCCCCAGGACCAUGCGGAGAUCAGGGAGUCUGUAGCCAUGUGGCGCCACCUGUUGGACAUCCACAGCGCCCACGGCCUCAAAGUGCAAUGGGUCGGCUCACACAGCAACAGGAUUCUGCUGGACUGCCUGGGAAUCUACAACAUUUUGUUUACUGGUCAGAAAAAGCAGCCCGUCAUCGUACCCAUGUUCGCUGCUGGUCUGGGAAUGCUUGAACCUACCAAAGAGCCUGUGAAACAUUCCUCCAUCUUUUCUGCAUCCUCACCUGGUCAGGGAAGAUCCGCACUGUGCGCUCAGCAGGUGGUGUCCUCGUUAAGCCUCGAAGACGACGCACCAGGGGGCGCAGUCACACAUCUCAACCUUGAUUUCUUUGGGCCAGUGGAGGACUGUAGCUCAGACAGUGACACUGAUACGCCGAUGCCAGGAGUGGAUCCAGAGCUGUAUGAACUGACCACUGCUAAACUAGAGAGCAAUAACUCUGGCAGUAAUGUAACCGACGCCUUCGCCAGACUGAUGGAGACCGUUGAAAAGAAUAGCACUGUAACCAGGCAGCCCGAGCGAGACGGAGAGAUAAGCCAGGAGGCGGCCCACGUGAUCGCUCUCCUCCCCGAUCUGUCCUUCAUGCACGCAAGAGUCCUCAUGUUCCCUUCCACCCUGACUCCGGCUGCCAAUCACCCGUGACCUUCGACCUCCAGUCAGUUUUCGCCUCGCGGCUUUCGUCUCUCCAGUGACCUCUGACCUCAACCCGAAUCCGUACAGCAGGCUCAUUCGUAACAGCGAGAGAAAGCGCCGUCACUUCGGAAGCGCUUUUAAUCUUUCCGUAGCGCGUGGUUUUCGGUGUUUAAUCCUUUCUGUUAAACGUUCCGCACUAGCGCUUUUUAUUUUUCAUCUGAAAUUUCACACGUGUGAAAGAGAUAGGAAAAACACUUGCACAUUUUGUUACUUGAAAACUCACUAACUUAUUAACGAAUCUUGACGACUUUUACUUUUUAUAUCCGUUUUUGACUCUUUUUUUUCUUUCUUUCUUUCUUUCUUUCUUCGUGUUCCGUAAAAGUUUUACUUCAUCACAAAUUUCUCAAAGUCUCUUUUUAUUUCUAACCAAGUUAGACAAGUGUUGUACGUUCCCGUCCUUUUGUUUUGAAAUGCCUCUCCUUUUAACUCAACGACGAACACUUGUUCAGGAAUGUUACUAAAGAUAUGAGUUUUUAUUUAUAACCAUUACCAUAAGGUAAAUACUUGUGUAUUUAUUAUAUCAUAUAUACAGCAUACGUCUUCUUCGUGUGUGUGUGUGUGUGUGUGUGUGUGUGUGUGUGUGUGUGUGUGUGUGUGUGUGUGUGUGUUUGUGUUGUUAUUUUCGUCAAAUCCCUGUUAAGCAUGUGAGGUUGGAAUUUUGCACCGGACUGACUGACACACAAGAAUGUUUCUGUGUAAACGUAACAAAAUAAAACACAGUAUGCUCGAGAA